AUGAAACUUGCUAUAUUGUUGGUCGUCGGCGGAAUCGCCCUACUUUGCGUGACAGGAUAUCUGGCCUACGUGGACUUUGCCAACACCGUCUUCAACUUUUUCCGCAACCCUCAACACUACCGUAUCCGCCAGGCUGCUCCGCAGAAAGAGCUCCGGUUCAUCAGACGAAACCGGACGAAUUUCAAUAAUGGGACGGAAAACGAACGGCUUCGCGACAGGGUUCUGCUGAUCUUCAACUCUGUUCGAAGAAUCAUCGCGUCGGGAAGAAUCGACGCGCUGAUGAAGUUCGUGGAAUCACUCGGCAACUUCCAGCUGAACAUUCCUUUCGGACCCGCUUCAAACAUGAAACUACUGGUAAGCAAAACAUGCAAAACAAAUCGACUCGAUGAGUGUUUAGGAGUGGAGUUUUGAGUUGGAAUCAAUUGUGAAAAAGCAUUACGAUCCGAACGUUAACAAAAUUACGAAAGACGCACUGGCGGCACAGAACGCUACUCAAAAUCUGAAGAACAGCGCUCAGAACUUCCGACAGAAUCCGAAUUUGAAAACAGGAAAACAAGUUGUGCAGAACGUCGGGAAAGGCAUCAAACAGAUCGAGAAUGUAAUGAGCAUGUUCAACGAUGACACACUUCAGAAGAUCAGAAAGUCACUGAGCAAAAUCGACAUUCCCGGGUUUCACGGCUUCCAUUGGCCUGGUCUAUUGGCCGAUAUUGUCAAAGACUUACUCGGGUCUCUCAAGAUUCCGAAGGUGAGAAGUGCGAUCGACCAAAUAUUGGCUCGUGCGGACAUUGUGAGAAUACUAAUGGUGAUUGCAACCGAAAUGUGAUCCAUUUUGAGGCGGAAACUCUAAUCUCACUGAUUUACCUGGCAACCUCCUACCCGACAAACGGAAAUGUGGCAACGAACGAUAUGGGACCGGCGGCGGUAGGCAAUCGAGCGAAACUCUUCGUUCCCAUUGAGAUCUUCAACAUUUCAGGCUCUCGUAGCAACUCGUCACGAAAUCGGAUGCUGGUCUAAUAGAAUCUUCGCCAUCUGCAUCGUUCGUAAAGACGACGCGACGACAAUGUACGAGCAAGGAGCGACAUGUCUGAGUUGUCCGCCCGGCUUCACCUGCGAGUACAGGGCUCAACCGGACGGAACGUUCAUGGAGGGAGACAUGUGCGUUCCUGACCCCAACUACGUGCCGCCUCAGAACUUGACAAUGAACGGCACAUCUACAGAAAGCUCGGGAACACGGGCGCUCUUUGAUUGGAACCCCUUGUUCAUGUCACUUUUUGCCGUGAUGCUCUUAAUUUGACUGAUAAAAAGUGAACUGAUUGUUUUUUAUCCGUGUGAUUCCGUAGAAGUGUCGUGAAAAACAGUUAUUAUCGAAAGAUGAGACUGCUCAAAUCGCUACUUUUGUUUGUUUUUUGCACCGCCAGAGUUCUCUGUGCCCCGCGCAUCAAAUGGAAGUGUCUGGACGCUUUCAAUCAAUUCCGAUCGAAAGCAGCCGCCGGACAACUCAACGGAGCCAUCCACAAAGCAGCCGGUCAGGCGAUGGACACAAAAGUGUACGGAUUUCCCGAUAUCGACAAGGACAUUCGGAACAAUUCCUUGAGGGCUUUGCAAAUGCAGAUUGGACCGAUGGCGAAUGUGAAGAAGUUGGUGAGUAAGCAAAUGCGUCGUGCGUCGAAACCUCAAGAUCCGUUUCAGUACUGGGAUGAGAAUCUUGUCAGAUCGGCCAACAAAACUGCUCAAAAGUGCCCGCAAGUUGGUGGAAAGCGAGGAGAGGAGAAUCGGGAGUUCUCGAUGUACUACGAUCCGACCGAACAAGAGGAUAUCGGGAAGAUGAUCGCCGAACGACUAAACUUCAUGACUCCCUGGAUGAAAAGCGUCACGCCUCCGCACGUCAACACCACCAUGUACUUCUACGUCGCCGGCGAGUUUUUCUGGGCGACGCGAGAACGCAUCGGAUGUGUGAUUGCCACGUGCAAGCAGCGAACACUGCUCGAGUGUCACAUGGCGCCCGGGAACACGUUGGAAGGUCGGCCGUACAUUGAGGGCAAACCGUGCAGCAAGUGUGAAGACGGAUACUUUUGUGAGGAGAAUUUGUGUGCGCGCGGGAAGUUGAAGCCGAAGGGAGAAGAAUCGUCGAAAUCGGGGGGAGAAGGCUCAACAAGCAGUUAUUUGACUUUGUUAUUUCUCAUUCUUCUCAUCGCUUGA